GUUUCAACGUUCAAGCUCUGCAAGGACACAGACUUUGGCAUUUUUACCCGCCGGCACUGACUUAUUGGGCAUGACGCGGUAUGGAUAAUGAAGUACCACGCGCCUUAGUGGGGUGCAUGGUAUAUUCAUAUAGGGAUUCCGGGUGCGUGGCGGACUCGGUAGACUUGCGGGAAAAGUAUAUAUAAAGGGGUGUUGGUAGCUCUCGUGUUUCCGCUAGGAGCUCUGUACCACGAUCAUCUUCCAUCUAUUUCACUCAAGGAUACGUCUUGGCCAGUCAGGAUGAAGUCACUCUUCGUGUCCCUCCUCGUUUUCGCUAGCACAGCCAGCGCGCACUACACAUUCCCUGAACUCAUUGUAGGAAGCCAGAAGACUGGUUUAUGGUCCUACGUUCGCAAGACUACGAACUACCAGUCAAACGGCCCCGCAACCGAUGUAUCCUCUAAUGCUAUCCGUUGCUACGAGCUCUCUCCCGGUACAGGGUCGAAGACGUACACUGUUAGUGCAGGAGACACAGUCGGAUUUACCGCAGCGGCUUCAAUUUCCCAUCCAGGCCCACUUCAAUUCUACCUAGCUAAGGUACCGGCAGGAAAGACUGCGGACACUUGGGAUGGAAGCGGAAAUGUGUGGUUCAAAAUAUAUUCGCAGGGAGCUACAUUCUCCAGUGGUAAAAUGACAUGGCAAUCGAGCGGCAAGCAACAAGUCACCGUCCCUCUCCCCAAGUCCCUUCCUUCAGGCGAGUAUCUUCUCCGUGUCGAGCACAUCGCCCUGCAUAGCGCCUCUGGUGCUAACGGCGCGCAAUUCUACAUCUCCUGCGCGCAGCUGAAGGUUGAGAACGGUGGCAAUGGUAACCCUGGACCGCUGGUUAGCUUUCCCGGUGCUUACAAGCCGUCUGAUCCUGGCAUUCAAUUGAACAUCUACUAUCCUGUUCCAACUUCGUACACACCUCCAGGUCCGGCGGUCUGGAGUGGUUAGGCGAGGGUGAUCAUCUUUCAGGUUUGUGGUCUGAAGAAACACGAGCUCUCACCUACGCAUCUUUAUUCUACGGGAGCAAAAUCAAACUGUUAAAUUUGUAUCAGUAAAUCUAUCGUAAUUCCUCCCAUGGUU